UCCAGAUCUCUGGAAGACAGACAAAAUGCUGCCUGCAAUGUCCCUCUCUGUCAUGUCCUGGAUGCUGCUCUCCUGCCUGAUGCUCUUAUCUCAGGUUCAAGGUGAAGACUCCUUGAAGAAAAUACCCUCUGCACGCAUUAGCUGCCCCAAGGGUUCCCAGGCUUAUGGCUCCUACUGCUAUGCCUUGUUCCAGAUACCACAGACCUGGUUCGAUGCCGAACUGGCCUGCCAAAAGAGGCCUGAAGGACACCUCGUGUCUGUGCUCAAUAGCGCUGAAGCUUCAUUCUUGUCCUCCAUGGUGAAGAGGACAGGGAACAGCUACCAAUAUACUUGGAUUGGGCUCCAUGACCCUACUCUGGGUGCAGAACCCAAUGGAGGCGGAUGGGAGUGGAGUAACAGUGACGUGAUAAAUUACUUUAACUGGGAGAGGAACCCAUCUACUGCCUUAGACCGUGCUUUCUGUGGCAGCUUGUCAAGAGCUUCUGGAUUUCUAAAAUGGAGAGAUAUGACGUGUGAGAUGAAGUUGCCCUAUGUCUGCAAAUUUACUGGUUAAACUUAUCAGACAGCAUACAUCCUGAAUUUGUCUUGAAGAGCAUCAUGGACAAGGGGCAAAAUGUGAAGACUCACCUAGACUAAGCAUUUUCUAUCUACAGUCCACAUUAGAGCCCUAAUCUGCUCUUUCCAUAUCUAUCUUUAGUCCCUUUGCUAUAGGUUUGGGUUCAAUUCUAAAAUAAAAAUAAACUUUCAGUCA